AGCUUCGAUUUUCUAAUCAGUUGGUGCAAAGUGGCCAAAGGCAAGGGAACUUUUUCGACGUCGAACAUGCCUUACCGAGUCCCCAAAGGCGUGCCUCGGGGCCCUCGGGGAUCAUUUACUGGAUCCAACCGCGAUCCCACCUCCUCUCAGGAGGUGGAGACCUCAGGAUCAGGGCGGAUUUUGUCACCUAAUGCCCUCAGACAAGCCGGGCUUCAGAAGGGCGGACUUUUGGACACGCCGUCAUUGCUGCCGCCCUCUUUGACGGCGGGUCGUCAGACCCGGGAAGGUGCAAGUGGGGGCGGAGCCAGAGGCGGCGAUUGGGGAGGGUCGGAUAGCGGUCGUUACAAGGACGGUGGGCGUCCCCGACCCAGGGGAGGUGUCCCUUUGGCGGAAGAGUCUUGGCCUAUGGCGGAAUUUGAAGAACGUUUGAUUCAUGGCGACAUCUUCCGAGUGAAUUGGAAUCAUUCCAUGGAGGUCAUCUUUGAUGAUCCCGUUUCUAAAACCAUGCAUGUGGCGCUAAGCAAGCAGCGAAGUGACAGUGCUAAUACCAAACCAUCCGUGGGCGCUCGUGUGAUUUGCACAGUUUUUUGGGAAAUGACGGGUUCCCCCCCGGUCCCCCAAUUUUUUGCCAAGAAUGUUCGAGAGGUCAAACGAAAAGCUGGUCUGCCGUUCAUGGGACACCUUCUGCCCACUUUCACCAAGAUGGUUCUGAAAACCGAAGAGAAGUCCCGUCCCAAACCGGCCGCGUCCCCAUGUUCAGUCAAGACACCUUUGCCAGCUCUCAGUCGAGGAUUCAUUGCCCAACGUUGUCAAUAUAACAUCGUGGGUGAGUAUCAAUCUCGAGAUGAGACGAGGGCGAAUUUUCUGAUCCACCAGAAAAUGCACGGCGAAGGUGAAGCUCAACUGAAGGCCUACUUUGAGUUGGACAAGGAAAUCGCCGUUUUCCGACCGGGAGCCACCAAACCCGAGAAAAUGACAGGAAAGGAAUUGGUUGAGUUAAUAAAGCUCCACAACUGCUUCACAUUGGACAUUAUGUCCGUGGACAAUGGUCAGACCUGGCAGGUCGAUACCUUGUCGUUGAAACCUGAGCCUAAAGGAGAUCAAGAGGCCCAGAAGGAGCCCAACAAUUCGCUCAAGACUCCUCAAAAUGACAACGAGUGCCUUGUCUCUGAGAACGCCUUAAUGAGUUUGGACAUCAUUGGGAGCCUGAUCUCCGAAAGUGUGGAUUCUUGUCAGAUCAACAUCUCUGCUCACGAUGACAAUGAUGUUUCUCCGAAGCCGAAGGAAAUUCCCACUGAUGCGUUCGAGGCCAAGGUUAUUAGUGACCCAGAUGUCGAGGAUUCGGGUCACAAAGUGGGAGCAGAGACCAACGGAGAUCAUCCCUCAAGUACAACAGACACCUCAAUGGAGGUUCUCGUUCCAGAGUCCCACAAUUCUGAGAUGCUUAAUAUCAGCUCGCCUGUUGAAGUGACUUCAGAAUUAGAAGAAGCAGUCAAAGGAAAGGAAGUACUCUGUGAGGAGAAUGCGGCUCAAGAGGAUGAUGAAGAUGAGCAACACCUGGAGGCAAAUCAAGAAGAAAUAUUCCCUGACGAAGAACAAAAUCAAUCAAAAGAAGAUCAUGAUGACAACCGUAACUUUCAAGACGACGAGAGCAUGAUUUCUGCCAUUGAUGAUAAAAUCCAGAAGGAACCUCGAGAAAUUCAAGACCAGAAAGAAUAUGGCAAAGAAGUAGACCAUCACAAUCAGGGAGAAGAUCAGAAAGAACAAAGCAAAAAAGAUCAGAAUGGAGAAAUUAUGGAAUAUCAAGAUAUUGUUCAUCGGAAUAAUGGAGACAACGAGCAAGUUAAUGAUAUCGAAGCACAAGCCAAACAAGAUCUCGAAGAAGGUCAGGAUUUCGAAGAUUAUCAGGAAGAUGAUUCCGUCUCUACUGUUAGCUCUUCUCGCUCAGUAAUAGCCCAGCUCCCUGUCCAACCAUCGGACGAUCCCCCCACCGUCUUUCCCCAAGAAAAGGUCAUCUCCAUUUCCGAUUUGAAUGCCAAUAUUCUUGAGGCUCGGACUUCUUCCAUUACCUCAACUGAUCAGGAUCUCCGUGACCCCAAAAGUAUCGAGUCUGUCACUGAGGGUGUGGAUGGAAUUGAACUGGCAAUCCGAAAUGGCAUGGAGUACGUUCGCCUUUUCUACCGUUUUAUUCGUCUCCCCCCGGAGCUUGAAUCCACGUGGUUGGCGGAGUUCGAACGAUCGUUCAUCUAAAGAGAGGCGAAUGCAAGUCGUUACGUUUGUUUAUUUACUAAUGGCAAAACUACCUUGUUGAAGUUGAAAUACACUAUCCACACGA